GCAACAGUUUAUGGACAGCCGAAUCCUCAAAAUUUCACCACAAAAUACUCAUCACCAGACACCACCACAAACUCCAUUAAAACAGCCCCCCCAAAAUCUCUUUGCUCAGUUUCCUCCAACCCCAACAUGGCAUUUGCAUCCCAGGCAAUGAUAUCAACCAACAGCUGUGCCUUCACUUCCCCAAACUUGUUGUUUUUGAAGAAAUGUUCCAAAAUUAACAACAAGACCAGGCAAUUCCAUUUCUUCACUGUUAGAGCUUCUUCUGAUGAAUCCGAUGACUGUAAUGAGGAGGAAUGUGCACCCGAUAAAGAGGUUGGGAAGGUGAGUGUGGAAUGGUUAGCCGGGGAUAAGACAAAAGUGGUUGGGACAUUUCCGCCUCGCCGAAAGGGCUGGACCGGCUAUGUCGAAAAGGACACCGCGGGGCAGACCAACAUUUAUUCAAUAGAGCCUGCGGUUUACGUAGCCGAAAGUGCGAUAAGCUCGGGAACCGCCGGUUCUUCAGCGGACGGAGCUGAGAAUACGGCUGCAGUUGCUGCCGGAUUCGCCCUUAUCUUUGUUGCUGCAGCUUCAUCUAUAGUCCUUCAGGUUGGCAAGAACUCACCUCCAGUAAAGACGGCCGAAUAUACUGGACCAACACUUAGUUACUACAUUAACAAGUUUAAGCCACCGGAAAUUAUCCAGGCUGUGGCACCGAGUGUGACUGAAACGCCCUCCUCAGAGUUAACAGAAAACUCGGCUCCCGAAGUUUCAGACAUUCAGGUUCAAUCUGAACUUCCACCUGAAUCUUCUAGUCUAAGCAGUACUUCAUAGGAAAAUUUUGGUAUCAAUCUGUUGUAAUGUUCAAAUUUUAUUUCUUUUGUAGCUCCUGUAUUACUAUAUAUAUAUAUAUUGAAUAGCUACAAUAUUUAUACUGGAAUAUGAUAUCAUUCUUACUACA